AGUCUCGUUGAUAUGGCGCUCAAAGGAAUUAAAGUCAUCGAAUUUCAAGGAUUAGCCCCGGGACCAUUUUGUGGAGCUAUUUUAGCAGACUUUGGCGCUAGUGUUACAGUAAUUAGUAAAUUAGAUCCUGUUCCUUACGACGUGUUUACCAAUGGCAAACGUAUCAUAGCAGUAGAUAUGAAAACAAAAGAAGGCGUUAAUAUAAUAAAAAAAAUGUGCUCCUCUGCUGAUGUACUUCUGGAUACUUUUAGACCUGGAGUUAUGGAAAAACUAGAUCUGGGUCCCAAUUCUUUAACUAAAAUUAACUCUGGCUUAAUUUAUGCCAGAUUGACAGGUUUUGGACAAAGUGGUCUUUACAAAGAUAAAGCUGGCCAUGAUAUAAAUUAUGAGGCUAUGUCUGGAGUAUUGUCUCUUCUUGGUAGAAAUGGAGAACCACCUGUGCCACCAUUGAAUAUUUUAGCAGAUUUUGCAGGAGGGAGUAUGCUAUGUGCUUUUGGAAUCCUUUUAGCAUUAUAUGAGAGGACUAAAUCUGGGAAAGGUCAAAUUGUGGAUUGUGCUAUGACAGACGGCUUAACUUAUCUAUCAUCGUGGAUAUUUAGAUCAAGACCAUUACCACUUUGGGAAGGCGAACCAGGUUCUAAUCUUUUAGAUGGUGGAUAUGCUGCGUAUAGAACAUACAAAACAAAAGAUGGAAAAUUUAUGGCUGUUGGUGCUUUAGAGCCAAAAUUCUAUUUAAAUUUUCUUAAAGGACUUCAAUUAUCCCCUGAAAAUUAUGAGCAGUUUGACAUUGGUAAUCAUAAGAAGUUUGCUGAUAUUUUCUUAACAAAAACACAAGCUGAAUGGUGUCAAAUAUUUGAUGACUUAGAUGCUUGUGUGACUCCUGUUUUAGAAAUCAAUUCUAUGAUGGAACAUAAAUAUCACAAAUCAAAACAAAAUAAGCUAAAAAGUAAUAAUAAUACCAUCAUCCCUGAGCCACAACCUAGUUUAAGUAGAACUCCAGGGGUUUCUGUUGGUCGGGAGUCACCAACUAUGCCAGGACAACACACAAUACACAUUUUAAAAGAACUGGGAUACAGUAAAGUACAAAUAGAAGAGCUUUUAAAAAAAGGGAUUGUUUAUGCAAAUAGAAAAUCAAACUUGUAA